UGUUGGCCCAUCAUUGAGGAACCAUCCGGGGGUUUUGAAAAAUGAAAUUGAUUACGUUCGCCGUUCUAAUAGUGACUUGUAAUGCUGCUAAAUUAGAUAGGACAUAUUUGCCACCAUCAGCUGCAAACGCUGGAGGUACAUCAGAUAUCCUAAGCUUACCAUUUACGAGGUCAAAUAACCAAGGUCUUGGUGGAUUACCUGCAGGAAGCUAUGAGAAUGAGUCCCAAGGAAUUGUAGUCGACGCGGCAGUGGGAACACGAUCUUCGGAUGUUGUUUCUGGUCUUGGGGCGCCCCGGAUCUCAUACGGGUCCACCGCUUCGAAAGUUGGCGAGGCUGCAUUCAGAGAUUCUCCCAAUAGACCAGAAUUAAACACCUACAGCUCAGGAAGACCUGAAAGAAUCCAAGCGAGUCGAGAUCGCGUCGCCAGCAUCGUUAGAUAUCAAACUGAUAUUUCUCCAGAUUCCUACAAUUACGCAUUUCAGACAGACAAUGGUAUUAAUGCAGAAGAAGCUGGCGUGUCUAUCGAUGGUGUAAAUAGUGAAGGUGGUUUCUCGUAUACUGGUGAUGAUGGUCAAGUAUACAGUGUGACUUAUACGGCAGGUAAAGAUGGAUACAAGCCCAUGGGGUCACAUCUACCCACACCACCUCCGAUCCCUGUGGAAAUAUUGCAAGCAUUGGAACAAAAUGCUAAAGACGAGGCUGCUGGAUUGGUUGAUGAUGGCUCAUACGAUACCAAUAAGUACAAUGUAGGAGGUGAAUACUCCGAGAACUACAAUAAUGAUGCAGUAAUAAAUAAAUUAGCAAAUCGACCCACCUCAGUGGCGCAAAGUGGUAUCAACCAGGGCAUUGAAGUCUCGAGACCCAACAUUGGAAACUUUGGAUUUAAUAAGCAAUCGGACAACCAGAAAGUCCCAUCAGGAGAACCUGUUCAAUUUGUACCUUCAAAACUAAACAUUGGAAGCACAGGAACUUAUAAUCAAUUCAACAAUCAGUAUAGCCCAUCUACUUUUACAUUUGGAAACUCUGUAGCAUCAAAACCAAGUAAUUAUCAAAUAAUUGAUGAAAAUACGAGAGUUACAACACUAAAUCAACAAGCUAGUCCAAUAUCACAAACUGCAAGUUUAUUUGAUAAAACUCAGAUACAAAGCAAUAACAAUCCCCUAGAAUCAUAUCAAUAUUUUGGAGCUGGGCAAAAUAUUAAUGCUCAUUUAAGUGGUAAUGCUGACAACCACAAUCAAGAAUUUAAUAAGCAAACCACUAGUAUUCCUCUUUCUCAACAGAAAUUACAAAAUCAAGUCACAUCACCUGGAUCUACAUUUUUAAGUUCAAAACCAACUUCUUAUGAAACAUCCAUCUCUGGUCAGCCACAAACAGGAUCUAUUGGAAAUAAUCAACAUGCCAUUGGUUUUGCACAGUCCCAAGAAGAAGGAAAUCACAUCCUCAAACCCCAUUUGAACCAAUCAGUGCAAACAGACAUAACGCAAGCAAGUUUUGGACAAUCACUGACCAACGUAGCACAAUCAUUGAACCAUUACAAUUCACAUGAAGGAAAUGGCCUGAUAAAUAAUAACAAUAAUAUUCAUAAAUUCACGCCAUCCACAAAUAUCGACAUUUCAAAUGAGCCUAGUGAUAAUAGUCCAAUUAAACCAACUCAAUCUUCUCACUUACAAGAACCAACCCGUGAUUCUACAAAACACUUUAGUAACAUGAAACAAUAUUUCCAGCCAACUAGUCAAGCUCAAGUUCAAACAACUCAAGAUUUACAUAAUUUUCAAGGUACAGUAAAACCCUCACAACUACCCUUUUUCCAACCAAUACCUAGCGAUGCUUCCUUGUCUAGCUCCACAAGUUUUUCUCAAAUUCAGGGACAUCAUGGUACAUAUAACUUUGAUCAACACUCAAGACCCUUUAGCUCUUCAAAACUAAUUGGACAAAAUUACCAAAUACCUGUUGAUACUUCAUCGACAGUUAUAGCUUCUACAGACAAGCGCUUAUCUGGCAUAUCAUUCAUUCAACAGCCAACAUCACAUUCUGUUACACUAACCGAAUCAACUAGCUUCAACUCUCCAAACCAAUUUUUUAUUACAUCAAACAGAUUUCCGUCUGCUAUUAUUCCAGUGACAGGAACACCAUUAAACCAAGAUAGGCAACCAGAACAAAGUUCAACAUUUGCAAAAGAAACCACAUCUCCCCAACAACAAAGCCAACCAAAUAAAAUUGUAGGUACAAAUUUUGAUCAAUCUUCUGUUCUUACCCAAAUAACAGGUCAACCCCAAAAUUCCCAAAAUGAAAUAUAUGAGUACACAAAGCCAAUGCAGUCAUUUUCAGAUACAACUAAACCAGAUGACAAUCCUGUCUCACAAGAUAAUAAGGCAACCGUUGUUAGUGAACCAGCCAAACAGAAUAACUUUAAUACCCAAACAAAUAACAUGCCGCAGUCAGAACUAACUCCAGGCCAAAAUAUUGAUACCCAAAGGCAACCUAUUCUUGACAACAAACCAAAUCUAUCCAAGCCCACCCCAGGUCAAUCGGCAUCCCCAUCACAGUUCAACACUCGUCCACUUUUCGGAUCAACGAUACUCGGAAGUGCCUGUUGCAAGAAUAAGAUUCAAAAUACACAAACUCAACUUGAACAGAAGCUAAUCUACAAUGAAAAUCAGGCCUUGAGACCACAGCAAGAAAAUACAAAUUUAUUUAGAGCCCAACCAAAUCAAGGUGUUAUUGGGGAACAGUUUGACGCAAACAGAAAGCCGCCCAGUUUUGAUGCUACAGGAUACCAUUACUAAUGUGCCAUAACUUAGAGAUAAACCUAGAAAUAAUAAUGACAUAAUCUGUAUUUUUCUCGUGAUAUUAUAUAAUAAAUAAUUGGAUGUAAAGACUAUAAAUAAAAUAU